AUGCUGCCUCUGAUUGCCAUUGUUGUGGUGGCAUUUGUUCUAUCCUUCUUCCUCGCGUGUGGACUUGGUGCGAACGAUGUCUCGAACGCAUUUGCAACUUCAGUUGGUGCCAAGGUUCUGCGUCUUCGAACCGCGUUCAUUAUCGCCUCAAUAGCCGAAAUGGCCGGUUCCGUUUGCUUAGGGGGUCUAGUUACGGAAAAGAUUAUCCGGGCAACACUUACGCCUGGCGUUUUGACGCCAGAAGAGAUGAUUUAUGCGAUGUUAGCCUCUCUUAUUUCGGUUACGUUUUGGCUAGCGUUUGCAACCUAUCUCAAGCUCCCCGUCUCCGCUACGCAUGCAGUCAUUGCCGCCAUGAUUGGGGCUGGAAUGAUAGCAAAUUCUUCUGCUGUUUGUUGGUCUUUACUGUCGCACAUGGCAUUGGCUUGGGUUCUUGCGCCUGUUAUUUCGGGGGCGUUCUCGUCCCUCGCCUAUGUUCUCCUGAAAAGAUUUAUUCUCAAUAGAAAGGAUCCAUUUACAGUUGGGCUUAAAUCAAUUCCAUACAUUUAUGCCCUUACCAUUGGGGUCAACCUAUCCAUGAUUGGAUAUCAGCUAAAUUACAAGCUUGCACUCUCCUUCUCAGUAUUUCUUCUUUUAGUAGGAACAAUCUUUGUCCUCAUUAUUUCAACCCUUCUUAUUGCCCGUCUGAUUGUGGUGCCUUGGACAAAGUCGAUCAUUGAUUCUAGAAAACAGCUGAAUCCCAAAGAUUCUCCCAUCGCCCCUUCCGGUGAUGACGUCGAGCAGUUAUUUUCGAUUCUCCAAAUUCUUUCGGCUAUAUUCACGUCGUUUUCCCAUGGUUCAAACGAUAUCUCAAAUAGCGUGGGGCCUCUUUUUGGCCUCCUUAAUGCCUAUUUAAUGGCAAAUGGAAGGCCAAUGAUGACAUCGGACUCCCCUGCACUUUAUGGCCUUCUUACCUUUGGGAGUAUUGGAAUGAUUGUCGGCCUAUUUACAUGGGGAGCACGUGUGAUCGAAACACUGGGAACCAAACUUACAGCAUCAAUUAACCCCUCAAAGGGCUUUUCAAUUGAGCUGGGCUCGGCGAUCACAGUGCUUGGGGCCUCUAUCGCUGGUCUUUCUGUAUCCACAACCCAUUGUAAAGUUGGUGCAAUCGUGGCCCUUGGGCUUAAUGAAAGUCAUCAAUCCCCUGUUAACAAACUAUCAAAUCCACCUAAACCGGUCAAUUGGCGGUUAAUUGGCGAUAUUUGCGCAAGUUGGAUUUGUACCAUUCCAUGUGCUGGCCUUCUUUCUGCAGGCUGUUAUUUCUGCUUGUCAACUUUCAUCCCAUAA